AUGACCCUGCAAGUCAAAAAAAGAUGCCUCAAGUCAUCUUGGAUUUUCCUGAUAUACGUUUACAUCUCUGCAGGCGUUGUGACAAAUUCUAAUAUUACGCUGGUCAACGAGGUCAGUGGUAUCCUCGGCUUAGGGUUUCCAAGACAGUCAGAGAUAUCUGCGAGUGCCACGAACACCAUGCCAUUUUGUUUGACCUUGGCUCAGCAAGGCAUACUGGAAUAUCCACUUUUUGGGCUAAGUCUUAUGAGAAACGCUACUGGAGCGCUUACCCUUGGGCAGUCUCCACCGGGGGCUAUUGAUGUAUCUGUCGCGCAAAACCUCAGCCAAGUCGUGCCGUUCUCUCCGGUUUGUACACAAACCAAUACAUCUGGCUACUUCUACUGGGUGAUCCCUCUGAGCAGUUUUGCGUACACUCCCCAACCAACCUACCCUUGUCCAACUGGCAAUACAUUCUAUUGGAUGUGUCUCUGCCACAGCGGCACUCCAGGACUGUAUGGCCCAUAUCAAGAUGUAAUACAACUGUACAUUUCAUUUCUCAGUAGCCGCCUAGUUGACGACAGCGGCCAAUGGGUCAUCCCUUGCGAUUCUUCAGCAACCAUGUCCUUCAGCUUUGGGGAAGGAAAUUCGUUUGUUUUGGAACCUACCAAUUACAUUAUUGACCCAGUUGAGGGGAACUUGGACCUCUAUCUAUCUUGGCCUAAAGCUUCACCUCCCAGUGCCGAUGGAGUUGACUGGUUAUUAGGAACCCCAUUUUUGCGGACUGUCUACUCAAUAUGGAGACAAAUUUCAUCAGCUUUUUACGGCAUCGACUACCAGGAACCCCUGAUGAUUGGUCUAUAUCCCUGCAACAAUGCCUCAGCACCUGUACAACCUUAUGCGGUCGUCCAAUCCUCCCUUUCAUCCAAGUCUGCAACAGUUGCUACCACCCUACCUAACUAUCCCCUCUCUACACCCUCCUACACGACGCCUUCAUACACAUUUAAUACUUCAGUCCCAGCAGUCUAUGGCGAGAUCGUACAAUCAGAGCUCGUGACGAGCACAUACAGUCCCCUCAUAGGAACACUAGCCAUUAACGCCACCGCCCUCCCUCAGGUAUCUGGUGCAUACACCUUACUUGUUACGAAUUUGAACGGUGCAGUGGUGACGUCGAUGUAUCACAUCUCACUACCGUCAGUUGCACUGGGCAUACCCCCUGCAUCAGUAAAACACCCAGUUCCUUAUCUCACUUAUUUUUAUCUUUCUUUCGUUGUGACAAGUGUAGACCUACUUACUUCUUGCUUUUCUUGCUUUUCGUGCUUUUUUCCCUUACUACUGAAAGUAAAUUAA